AAAAAGAAGACCCAGGCGGAGCUGGACGAAGAACUCCGCCAGAAGCUUGCUGGUAUUGCCGGAGACGGUGGCGAAGCAGGCGUUGAGUACGAAAACGGCCAGCCAGUUGCGAUGAAACGCAGCGUCAAGUCGAACAUGUUCAGGUACAUCUGA